AUGCAUUUAAAGGAAGCGGAGUUCCCAAAAAAUGAGGCCUCCACAAAAUUGAGCCAGAGUAGAGAAACUUCCAUGUGUGAAGAAGAUGAAGUUUUCUCCAAUUCGACCUUGUCUGAUGCUGAAAGUUGCUACCAGUUUUGGAAAAACGCCAACAGGGGAGAUAUUUUUGAAAUAUGCGAAGAGUUCGAAUGUUCUGAAGAUGAAGGUGAGGUAAACGACAUGGCACACAAUUUUAACGCACCCAAAUUGCACUCCAGCAUGGAAACUAACACGGCACCCAUUGACAUGGGCACCACGGUGGAGGGUGACACAUGUAUGCAGGAAGAACUGGAGAAUCCCGUAUCACGUGGAAAUUAG